UAAACCCUCCUGUGGUCGCCCUGCAGCUGCCAUCGGGGCCUUCUCCCUCGCAAGCCCUGCCCUGGGGCCUGGAGGCCUGCACACUCGCCAGAGCCUUCCUCCUGCACAUGGGGACACUGGUGGCCAAGCUGCUCCUACCCACCCUCAGCAGCCUGGCCCUCCUGCCCACAGUCAGCAUUGCCGCCAAGAGGCGGUUUCACAUGGAGGCCAUGGUCUACCUCUUCACCAUGUUCUUCGUGGCGCUCUACCACGCCUGCCAUGGGCCUGGCCUGUCUGUGCUCUGCUUCGCUCGGCAUGACAUCCUGGAAUACUUCAGCAUUUACGGGACAGCACUGAGCAUGUGGGUGUCCCUGAUGGCCCUGGCUGACUUUGAUGAACCCAAAAGGUCUACCCUGGUGAUGUUCGGCGUCCUGACCAUCGCAGUGCGAAUCUACCACGACCGCGGGGGCUACGGCGUGUACUCAGGCCCCAUCGGCACCGCUGUCCUCAUCAUCGCCGCAAAGUGGCUGCGCAAGAUGAAGGAGAAGCAGGCUCUGUACCCCGACGCCAGUGUCUACACCCAGCAGCUGGGCCCUGGCCUCUGCUUUGGUGCCCUUGCCCUCAUGCUCCGCUUCUUCUUCGAGGACUGGGACUACACCUACGUCCACAGCUUCUACCACUGUGCCCUGGCCAUGUCCUUUGUCCUGCUGCUGCCCAAGGUCAACAAGAAGGCUGGGAACGCUGGGGGCCCAGUCAAGCUGGACUGUCCCACCCUGUGCUGCGCCUGUGUCUGACCUCGCUCCCAGCUCUGCCCCGCCCCUACCCUCACUCCUGAGAGUCUCCCCCCAGGGCCUCUCCUGCCCCCACCCUGCCCCAGAGCAUCCAGGAGGGACAGUAUCUAUGGCAGCCUGGGAGGUCCCUGGACCUUUGUGCUGCACCUGCUGUGUGGUGCUAGGUGCCCCGGAGCCCUGGACUGGGUUUCACUGGUGCUCAGCACUAUGUGGGAAAGAAAGCACUUGUUCCCCCAAGACUCAUCAUGACUGACAGAUGUGUCUAAAGCCCACAGCCAGCUAUACAGCCAGUGCCAGCCGCCAAGUGGGGACGCCCAGCCCCUCCCAUGUCAUCCACUUUCCCCUGGAAGCUGACAUCACCUCUCUGUCCUAUGGCCAUGGGCUCUGAGUGCACCCAUUUAGGGAGCCAUGGCCAGUGUGGCCAGCUCUGUCCCUGGCCCAGGUCUUCCCUUUACCCGGCCUUCCAGCCAGUUCUCGAAUCAAGCCGUUUCUGUAACAAUCACCAAUAAGACUCCCUGAUUUACUGAUCCUACUGCCUGCCAGGCACUUUAUUUAUGUCCAGUUCUUAAAACAAGACUUCGAGUCCAGUGGCGUGGCUCCCAGCCUAUGGACAAACGCCCAAGGUUCUGAGCUGAACCCACACCACUGGAGCACCUGUCCUUGUCCUCGGCCCCACACACCAGCCCUCAGCCCCGCCGCCUGCUGUGCCCCCAGCGUGGAGAGGCGUGUUUGAGUGCUGUGACCUUGAGCAGAGCCCUGGAGCCCACACUAUGAGCUCCCGCCUGCAACGGUCCAGGAGUGGUGGGUGGGGUGGCCAGACAUCACCUCACAGCCUGCAUCUCCUCAGAACCCAGCCCACCCUCUCCCCUGGCAGUCCCAGGCCCAUCUGUCAGGCAGGAAGUCGCUGACACCUGUCUGGGGCCUGUUUCUGUUUCCAGACGGUGGCAGCCAGGUCCAGUCCCUGAAGUAAUCUCCCAUAUCCUCAGGGGCUAACUCUGCACCUGGGUGGGGACACUCCAGCUCCUUGGCCUGGCCACAUCCCAGAGGGCUAUGGGCUGGCCCCUCCUCAAUCCUGCUCCCCCCCUGCCAGCAGAGGGCAGGCACAGGGGACAGAGCCUGCUGUGUCCCAUGUUUCCCUCCUGGCUCUUGGGGACCUCACUGAGCUCAGGGGCCAGGACAGGAUGCCACCCUGUUUUUCAGAUGAGGAAGCUGAAGCUCCACAGUCAGGGCUCUGAGGGCAACCACCCAGCAGGGGAUCAGGGGCCUGUCCUCUGUGCCCCCAUCAUAGGCCAAGGACACUGGCCCCCAUCCAAGUGCUGUGCCCUGACAAAGAGAGUGUCCUGGCCCUGCCUCUGUCUGCUGCCAGUCUAUAGGAGGGGGU